CGUCCGGGGGCUGCAGGAGUCAGGCCGCUGGCGGCUCCCCUCGCCCAGGCCGGCGACCUCGCUAUGCGGGCAGGGGAGGGCAGAGACGAGCGCAGAUGCAGCGUUCCUGGGCGAACAGCACCCGCGGUUUCAGGGAUUUGACUCGACCCGGCAGGCUUGGUCGUCUGCAGGGUCACUUCUCCCUCCCGCAGCCAAGGAGGCUGCACGGCUGGCUUCUUCCGUCCACGCCAGAGCGCACUCAGACCACGAGACAGGCUGUUCCGUUUUUUUGGCGGGGACCCGCACAGGGACGUCAGGGCGUUCUGCUAGGACCCGCCCAGUCUCCUAUUGAGUGGUGCCUGCACAGCCCUGGGAUGUACAUGCAGGUGGAGAGGCGCAGCAGCUCCUGCCUCCAUCUGAAGAGGUCUCCAGGCAUCCGGUCCUGGUCCCUGCUGGUCGGAAUCUUGUCAAUCGGCCUGGCCGCUGCCUACUACAGUGGAGACAGCCUGGGAUGGAAGCUCUUCUACGUCACAGGCUGCCUGUUCGUGGCUGUGCAGAACCUGGAGGACUGGGAGGAGGCCAUCUUUGACAAGGGCACCGGGAAGGUCGUGCUGAAGACGUUCAGCUUGUACAAGAAGCUUCUCACUCUCUUCAGAGCGGGCCACGACCAAGUGGUCGUCCUGCUGCACGACAUCCAGGACGUGAACGUGGAGGAGGAGAAGGUGCGGUACUUCGGGCGGGGCUUCGUGGUGGUGCUGCGCUCCGCCACGGGCUUCUCCCACCCCCUCACCCAGAGCGCCGUCAUGGGCCGCCGCAGUGACGUGGAAGCCAUCGCCAAACUCAUCACUGCCUUCCUGGAGCUGCACCGCCUCGAGAGCCCUGGGGAGCUGUCUCAGAGUAGCGACAGUGAGGCCGACGUCCCCGGGGGCCAGAGCUGACCCCACGGAGCCCCUGGGCUCGGCCCUGACGGCACCUUAGCAGGCCUGACGGGCCACUGGCUAGUCUUCCUCCUCGUCACCCAGCUGUGUCCCCGGCAGCCCCAGUGUGGACCCUUGGCCACUCCUGCAGCUCUCUGAGCAGAGCCCCGGCUAGACCGUCUCUGUGGCUCCAAGGUGCCCAGGGAGAGCGUGGGCCCAGGUGGGCAGCGUGGAGAGCAAGUAGACAGACACACCCCACGGCCCACCAGCGCUGUGGGGCUGGGGCCUCUGAGAGGGGAAGGCUCCCCAGGGUGCGGCUGGGCAGGUGAGCGUGGGCCCAGUGGCUGGGUCAGGCCGUGGACACAGAAGCUGGCACAUAGUCCCCAGGAACCCCAGCAUUACUUCCGGCCCCCCACACCACAUCCCCUGGGCAGACGUCCUCGGUGGUCAGAAGUGAGGUCCCACCCGUGGGUAGCAGGGGCCCACCUGGCCUCCCCAGCAGAGAGACUCCUCCCUCAAGUUGGCUCAUCUCGGAACCAACCAGGAUGCACUGGGCUGUCACGGGCGGGGACCCUCAGCCCUGGCAAGGCCGCUCCACGAGAGAAGGGUUUCUUCCAGCUUUGCUCAGUGUUUAAAGCCAGGACUUCCUCCCUGGAAGUCAGACCCCAGGAUCUCUCCAACCCUGGGGUCUGUCCAUGCGUGGCAGGAUAUGGGCUGCACCCACAUAAUGGGGCCAGAGAGCACCUCAGAGCACGGUCAACUGCGCACAGUCUGCAGCACCUUGGGGUCGCCCCAGCUGGGCCAAGGCCGCCUGGACGUCAGGAAAGACGGCGGUUUCCAGCCACCCUCCCGCUCCUCAGCGGGGCCCAGCCAGCCCACUCUUCGAAUGGGAACAUGGUCAUUUAGACCUCCAGAGGUUAGGUUUUCAAACACACAAAUCUGAGAUGCUUUUUUCUAAAAUAAAGUAAAAUGUUGUAACUGG